GCGCGGUGGGGAAGAUGGCGUACCAGAGCCUCCGGCUGGAGUACCUGCAGAUCCCGCCGGUCAGCCGCGCCUACACUACCGCCUGCGUCCUCACCACCGCGGCCGUGCAGUUGGAAUUGAUCACACCUUUUCAGUUAUACUUCAACCCUGAACUAAUUUUUAAACACUUUCAAAUAUGGAGGCUAAUCACCAAUUUCUUAUUUUUUGGUCCAGUUGGAUUCAAUUUUUUGUUUAACAUGAUUUUUCUAUAUCGUUACUGUCGAAUGCUAGAAGAAGUCUUUCGAGGUCGGACAGCAGACUUUGUAUUUAUGUUCCUUUUUGGUGGAUUUUUAAUGACUCUUUUUGGUUUGUUUGUGAGCUUAGUUUUUUUAGGCCAGGCCUUUACAAUAAUGCUGGUCUACGUGUGGAGCCGAAGGAACCCGUACGUCCGCAUGAACUUCUUUGGUCUUCUAAACUUCCAGGCCCCCUUUCUGCCCUGGGUGCUCAUGGGGUUUUCCUUGUUGUUGGGGAACUCAAUUAUUGUGGACCUUUUGGGUAUUGCAGUUGGGCACAUAUAUUUUUUCUUGGAAGAUAUAUUUCCCAAUCAGCCUGGUGGAAUAAGAAUUCUGAAAACACCAUCUCUUUUGAGGACUAUUUUUGAUACACCAGAUGAGGAUCCCAAUUACAACCCACUACCUGAAGAGCGGCCAGGAGGCUUCGCCUGGGGUGAGGGCCAGCGCCUUGGAGGGUAAAGCAGCUGUGCCAAUUUAUGAAACCCAUCUGAGAAGGACUCAGUGAAAUGCCCGUUGGGAUUCUUUUAUCCCUUGUUGCGAAAGUGUGGACACUUUUGACAGCUUGACAGAUUUUAACUCCAGAAGCACUUUACGGAAUGGUACACUGACUAACACAGAAGACGUUUCCAGCAGUUUGCCAGGGGUUCCUCACUAUGCUGGUACUAAAAGUAUAACCUCUUGGAGCCAAAAAACUGGAGAAACAGAUACCCUGCCGCCUCUAACAAGUCCAUGGGUACUUAAGCUCUGUGGCAUAAGGCAGGGCGUUUCCUCCUCCUCUUCUUUGAUAGACAAGGCCGUGGUGUAAAUGGAAGUUUCAGAGAGGACAAAAUAAAACUGAAUUCCAUCUCUCUCACACUGUA